UCCACCUUGUUGCCUCAUCACAUAUGCAUGUGUGGAUCUGGCUGAAGAACUAGAGACCUCGGCCUACUUUUUUUUUUUUUUUUUUUUUUUUGCGCACGACUUGAGUUCUUGGACCAUGUUGAUGCGGCAAUUGACAGCCCAUCAUUCAUUCGUGGCUAGGAAUUUCGAAGCCAAUGUAUAGUUUACAAAAUAUAUCGUUUUUCUUUUCUGUUGUGACUGUUUGUCGAGCUUGGACUUGAAAUUAUGAUACAUCUACAGAUGAUGUUUUGCGACUAGAUCUAUCUGACGGCUGCAUUAUUGAGCAUUGCUUAGGUGCAUGUACUGUGAUGUCGGUCUUUAGAUGAUUGAUAGGUUUUCAGCUGUGUGAAACUAUGGUUUGAACAUCUGCGUAAAUUGACUUCCAUUAAAAACAGAGUUGAAUUUUAUGGCUUCUUUGUGAGAUGGAUGUGGUUUUAGCUUGAAAGGAAUUUGAUUUGACAACGUGAAUGUCCUUCGUUCUAUUGAGCAUUUUUAUAGUGAAAAUGUACCUGUCAUUGAUGCAUGAAAACUUGAUAAGUACACCCACAAUUUAAUUAGAGCCGCCGAGAGUGCCUAUACUCUCUUGAGGAUAUUGUUUUUUUAACGAAAGUGGUAGAAGUUCUGCCUAUCAAUUAAGAAGGGAGCUAGAACAUGAAAACACCAAAGGGCGGCCCUCAAGGGGGAGAAAAAAGCCUAGGGGGGUGUCACACACAUGAACUGCUCCGGCCAAGGGCGUCCCAACACAACCCAAGAAUUAAGACACUAGAGAACUCUCCAACUUAAUUGCCAACAGAAGUCACUAGCACAAUAUUGAUGGCCUAAACAUUACAACUUUGAAAAGUCUAGUUCCUUUCCCAUGAAUAUUCACCGAGUAUGUAUCACUGGCACCUGAGGAAACUGCUGUAUUUUGGAUAGCGUAACUGCCUUGCUGAAACUUGAAAAAGAUUAUAUAGUCCCAAGUUGUCAGGGUUGACUCUGCAUGCUUCUUACACCAAAUGCAGACUCGUCAGUUGUCAAUUUUAAUUCCUAUCCCUAAAUCGCACCUCAUGUUCUUUCAACCGCCGCUGUAAUUCCUAUCCUCUACGUUGAAUGUGGUACGUUUUCCCAUAAAGAUUCAUAUAGCUUGCUCCCCAUCUUGGCAUGGCAGUUGGCCCCUAUUGAAAAUAGAGGUUUGACCUUCAUCUCUGGCUGGAGAGCCUUCUUGCAUAUGCAUAAAUGGGCAGUCCCUGGCCAGCUUCAUCACGACGCAGCGAAGCAGGCCUCCUUCUUCACAAGCGCUUCUGCUAACAGGCAUCGUCGCAUCUCUGUAUUUCUGAAACCAGCCGUCGUACGUCCAUCCCACCGGGAGCACCGGCGACGAUGCCGCCGCGAACGGUGUCCGAUGGGGGAGACGACAACGGCACCGACGUUGCUAGCCGAACGUCGUCGCACCGCCGCACGGAGCACGGGCAUGGGUACAAAGUCGGCGUCCCACCGGAGAAGAACCUCCUCGCCGAGAUCUCUGACGCGGUGAAGGAGACGUUCUUCGCCGACGACCCGCUGCGGCAGUACAAGGACCAGCCCAGGUCCAAGAAGAUCUGGCUCGGCCUGCAGCACAUCUUCCCGGUGCUCGACUGGAGCAGGCAUUACUCCCUCGGCAAGUUCAAGGGUGACUUCAUCGCUGGGCUCACCAUUGCCAGCCUCUGCAUACCCCAGGACAUCGGGUAUUCUAAGCUUGCUAACUUGCCAGCAGAGGUGGGACUAUACAGUAGCUUCGUGCCGCCUCUGAUAUACGCAGUGAUGGGCAGCUCCAGGGACAUAGCCAUCGGCCCAGUGGCCGUGGUGUCGCUGCUGCUCGGUACUCUCCUUCAGAAUGAGAUCGACCCCAAGACACACCCGCUCGAGUACAGGCGCCUAGCCUUCACAGCAACCUUUUUCGCAGGGGUCACUCAGGCAGCGCUCGGAUUCUUCAGGCUAGGGUUUAUCAUAGAGUUCUUGUCUCAUGCUGCCAUUGUCGGAUUCAUGGCCGGCGCUGCCAUCACCAUUGCGCUUCAGCAGCUGAAAGGAUUCCUUGGAAUUGCAAACUUCACCAAGAAAUCCGAUAUUGUAUCUGUUAUGAAAUCAGUUUGGGGAAAUGUUCACCAUGGGUGGAAUUGGCAGACAAUACUGAUAGGAGCGACCUUCCUGGCAUUCCUUCUGGUUGCCAAGUACAUUGGGAAAAGGAAUAAAAAGCUCUUCUGGGUGUCCGCAAUCGCACCUCUCACUUCGGUGAUCAUAUCCACAUUUUUUGUGUACAUCACUCGUGCAGAUAAGCAUGGCGUUGCAAUUGUCAAGAACAUAAGGAAAGGCAUCAACCCACCUUCAGCUAGUCUAAUAUACUUCACCGGCCCAUACUUGGCGACAGGAUUCAAAAUUGGGAUAGUAGCUGGAAUGAUAGGCCUAACGGAAGCGAUUGCAAUUGGAAGAACAUUUGCAGCCCUCAAGGAUUACCAGAUAGAUGGGAACAAAGAAAUGAUGGCUCUAGGGACCAUGAACAUUGUUGGUUCACUGACUUCUUGCUACGUAGCCACAGGUUCUUUCUCGCGGUCAGCAGUUAAUUACAUGGCUGGCUGCAAAACAGCAGUGUCAAACGUUGUUAUGUCAAUUGUCGUAAUGCUUACUUUGCUACUGAUCACCCCAUUGUUCAAGUACACUCCAAAUGCCAUCCUUUCCUCGAUCAUCAUAUCAGCAGUGCUUGGUUUAAUUGACUAUGAAUCGGCUUACCUUAUCUGGAAAGUUGACAAACUGGACUUUCUAGCAUGCAUGGGAGCAUUUUUUGGAGUCAUAUUUUCAUCGGUGGAGUAUGGCUUGCUCAUUGCGGUUGCAAUAUCUCUUGCUAAAAUUCUUCUCCAAGUAACACGGCCAAGAACAGUUUUACUUGGAAACCUUCCACGAACAACUAUAUACAGGAAUGUAGAACAGUAUCCUGAUGCUACCAAGGUUCCAGGGGUGCUGAUUGUUAGAGUGGACUCAGCUAUAUACUUCACAAACUCUAACUAUGUUAAAGAGAGAAUCCUGAGGUGGCUAAGAGAUGAGGAGGAGCAACAACAGGACCAGAAGUUAACAAAAACUGAGUUUCUAAUUGUUGACCUGUCUCCUGUAAUUGAUAUCGACACAAGUGGAAUCCAUGCUUUGGAGGAGUUGGCGAAAGCUCUUGAAAAACGCAAAAUUCAGCUGGUUCUUACCAAUCCCGGGCCGGCGGUGAUCCAGAAGCUCCGCUCAGCGAAAUUCACGGACAUGAUUGGUGAAGACAAGAUAUUCCUCACGGUCGGCGACGCUGUGAAGAAAUUUGCUCCUAAGAUGGUCGAUAAUGUCUGAUGGAGUUUCUGGGUCAUGUACAGUACGAGCAAGAAGUCUAUCUAUUAUGUGGCAAAGUUCAGUGGCAAUUAUGGAUUUAUAGAGCAGAAACAGAACAGAACGGGAGUAAAUAACAUGGUUCGCGGAAUGGUAAAUAAAGAAGAUGCUCCGGAGUUGGAGUGCAUCACGUUUGCGAGGUGUGGUUGGAUAGAAAACAGUUGGUGGCCUAGUUGGGCGUCUAUGUCAGUCCUUGUGGUUGUGGAGUCUGUUCCGCGUUGGCAAGCACUCAGUGAUGGAGAUCAAAUGCUUCAUGGAUCAGCAGAUAUGGGUGCCUGAUGAUUAACAUAUCAUCAUUGAUCGUGAAAGAAGAGUUACCUCGUUGGGGUUUCAGGCUUUGUGUAUAUCUUACAGUACUUAGCUCCUUUCCUUGUAGUUUAAGUUGUUAUGAUGAGCUUUUACAUUUGGCUUAUAUAUGUAUAUUCUGUAACGUUGAUGCAUUGUUAAGUGUUCCUGACCCCAAAAAAAGGGGGUGCAAAAACGUGAUUGUGAAGUGUGAGGAAUUUGCUUUUAUC